AUGCGUACGCGGCAGAAACGCCUCAACUACCGAGUUCUGAAUGAUGAGAGCGAUGACGAGUCUUUGCCUGAGGAUCAAAUUGACCAAUCAAGCGAAUCAAGCGAGCCACCGAGCAAUCUCCCACGUACUCUCCCAACCUGUCAAAAAGAUGUGGUAAUCCUCACCAACAUACCAGAUUGUGAGCUCCUACCUUCCGAGUCUGUAUCACAAGUGCUAGUAUCGCAAGAGAGCUCAACAGAUGCUGGUACUUCAAUCACAAGCCACAUAUCCUCUCAAUGGUGCAAACGACCAGCGCCGGCUACAGAGUGGAUCUGGGGGUACUUCGAGAGUACAGCCGUUGAUUGUCCAUGGGUUAUCAAGAGGACCAACAAGAGGAGGCUGGUCGACCGAGAGAUUUGCUGCAUGCAUGUAGAUGAGAAAACGGGAACACGCUGUGACUGGCAUACGUCAGAUUCCCAGCGGCAAAAUACAACCAGCAACAUGAAAACCCACUUGGUAAAGCAUGGCAUUUACUGUCCGACCUCCAGUAUACAGCCAGCGAAGAAGGGACCAGACAUUCGGAGUUUUAUGGGUGGUAAACAGAGUCUCACCCAUCAAGAGGUCUUGGAAAGGAAUACCAUUCGCUGGAUUGUGACUGAUAUGAAAGCUUUCGCCACUGUUGAGUCUCCAGAGUUCCAACAAAUGUUCCGAGACAUUCCUGGGAUUGAGCCUCCUUUCACUUCUCACCACACCUUGCGGGAUCGGAUUAUGCAAGAGUUCGCCAUACAGCGCACUAACCUGAAGACUGAGCUGACUUUGGCUUGCAAAACCAUUGCCUUAUCACUGGAUAUCUGGACAAGCCAGAACCAUCUUCCUAUCUUAGGGAUAAUUGGUCAUUGGCUGACUGACGAAUUUGAGUACCGCGAGAAAUUACUCGAGUUCGCCGAACUCCAGGGCAUUCAUAGUGGCGAAAAUCUGGCAAUUGCAGUGGAAAAUAUGCUUAUCGAGUUGAGUCUCGAGGACAAGCUCAUUUCCAUUACAGGCGACAACGCCAGUAACAAUGAGGCCAUGGCCUCGGAGUUAUACUUCUCCCUUUCCGACCGACCUAGGGUGGAAGACGCAAUGCAAGCACCACUUUAUCGAGGUCUUGACAGCUACAUCCGCUGCCUGGCUCAUGUCCUCAAUCUGAUUGCGAAAGAUAUCCUCCGUAACCUGGGGUCAGGGACGAUGGAACAAGCGCAAGUUGCCUGUGACCGUUUACAGACUGGUGACUCGAUCACCGAUCAGUCAGCUAUAGGGAGAUUACGGGUCUUCGCUCUUUGGAUUAACCGAAGUCCUCAGCGCCGACAGAAAUGGAAGGAGAUUUGCAGACUCAACAAUCUUCCAGACAAGCAACAAGUCAACAAGUUCCUAACCCUUCAGGAGGAACUCCCGCCGUUCACUCUCCAAGAUUGGUCACGACUGGAGCAGAUUCACACAGUACUCCACAAGUUCAAUGAGCUUACUUUGUUCAUUUCGAAACGCAAUCCACAAAUCAGCCUCGCAGUCCCAAUUUACUAUGAGCUACACGAAUUGCUUGAUGACGUGAUGGAGGGCAAUGGUGACUUCACAACACUGGAUCGGGAUAUCAUAGCUGCAGUGAAAGAAGGAAUGAAGAAAUACGAAAAGUACUAUUCUAUUAUGGAUGACUGUGAUACCUAUUACCCUGCCCUUGUCUUGGAUCCCCGAGUCAAAGGCGAAAUGGUCUUACGGGAACUUCAAGAUAGCAAUGCCGGGACAAUGAUUCUGGAGACGAUCCGCACCAAUCUACAUCAGGUCUACGCGGCUGGUAAACCGGAGCAUGAUGCCGCUGCAUCAAGAUCGUCUUCCUUGCAGCAUAGUGAUGUGGAGUCUAGAAUGCUGAAGAAGUUGCAGGCGCGAGACCCACCGCUCUCAGAUAUUGAUAAGUACUUUGACACCCCUCCGAUCAGCGUCGCAGAUACUACCGGCCAGAACUGGCUCUGCAAUUGGUGGAAGAUGCACAAGGGCGAGUAUCCGCGGAUUGCAGCAGCAGCCAGGGACUAUCUAGCGAUUCCAGCCUCUGAAGUUGCUGUUGAGAGAGUGUUUAGUACAGCGAGGGAUGUGCUAGGCAUCCCGAGAUAUUCUUUGAAUGGGGAUACCAUUAGAAUGCUGAUGUUGAGUUGCGAUGGGUAUAAGUGGUAG